UUAGGUCCGCCGUGCUAUCAGCCGUUGAAGUAGACUUCGUCCCACUGUCCUCAGAUUGUCCAAGUACGGUAACUCUAGUGUCAAGCAAACAUGGCCGUACAACAGACUACAGUGAAUCCUGACUUGGCAGUGGAGAGACAAAAUGCUACCUUUAAUGCAGAGGAGCUGACGUAUUUUUUAUACAAUGGACCUGAGUGGACUAAAAGAAAAAGAUAUUUACAAAAUUUAGCAAUACAAGGUGUGGCCAAACUGAAGCUGAAGCAGUAUGCUACAUUGUCUCGGGAGGAGCAAUAUGAAAGUGGAUUGCAAAAGGGUGCAUACGCCAUAACUAUGGUGAAGAAACUGGGCCUUAAGUCACCAGCGGAAAGGAUGUUAUUUACAGAGGCAGUGAAUCCUCAUGAGGCAACAGGCUUCAAUCUACAUAACUCCAUGUUCACAGACACAAUCAAUCGCCUGGCCAGUGACGAACAGAAAGAAAAGUGGCUUCCACUAGUUCAGUCAUUUCGUAUGGUUGGCACAUAUGCGCAGACUGAGCUUGGACAUGGAACAUUUCUAAGAGGUCUGGAGACAACAGCAACAUAUGAUCCCCAAACCAAGGAAUUUAUACUCAACUCUCCAACAAUAUCCUCUAUCAAGUAUUGGCCUGGGGGAUUGGGAAAGACGGCAAACUGCUGUGUGGUCAUGGCUCAGCUUAUCUCUAAUGGCCAAAACCAUGGAAUGCAAUCUUUUAUGGUUCAGAUCCGUGACUACGACACCCAUGAACCACUACCAGGUGUUACUGUUGGUGACAUUGGAAAUAAAUUUGGCUAUGCUGGCAUUGACAAUGGGUUCCUUCGCCUAAACAACGUUCGUAUUCCAAGGGAAAAUAUGCUGAUGAGAUAUGCUAAGGUUCUUGAAAAUGGCACCUUUGUCCACCCUAAAAGUGACCGCCUUGUAUAUGGGACCAUGACAAUGGUUCGCUCUGCGAUUGUCCACGAUGCUGGUCGAGGGCUUGCCAAGGCAGCAACCAUAGCAGUAAGAUACAGUGCUGUGCGCAAGCAGUCAGAGAUCCAGCCAGGGGCAGGUGAAGUGAAAGUGCUGGACUUCCAGACACAACAGCAGAAAGUUUUGCCUCAGGUUGCAGCAGCAUAUGCUCUAAUGUUCACUGGUCGGAACGUGCUUGCCUUCUACAUGCAGGUGACAAGUCAGAUUGAAAAGGGAGCUUUGGAAGAACUACCACAGCUUCAUGCAUUAUCUGCUGGUUUGAAGGCUGUGAGUUCAUGGGAUGCCACAAAUGGAAUAGAAGCUUGUCGUCUUGCAUGUGGUGGUCAUGGCUAUAGUCAAGCUAGUGGUAUUCCUAAGAUAUAUGUUGAUGUCUGUCCUAGUUGCACAUACGAGGGGGAGAACACAGUGAUGACACUUCAGACAGCUAGAUAUCUGAUCAAAUGCUAUAACCAAUUGCGCCAAGGAGAGCAACUUCCAAGCCUCAUAAGGUUCCUGCAGUCUCCACUUGAGGGCAGAAGCAGUCUGGACAAUCAGCUUGAACUUCAAGAACUUUUAGCUGCUUUUGAACAUCGUGCCAGAAGAAUGGUACAUGAAGUGGGCCAGAAGUUACAAACAGCAGCAGAGGAAGGAAAAAAGUCACAUGAGGCAUGGAACAGCAAUUCUGUUGAACUUUCAGCUGCAGCAGUGGCUUUUGCACAAGCCUACAUUGUGAAGGUCUUCACCGACACAGUGUCAAGAAUGGAGGGUAAGGUGAAGGCAGUUAUGACAUCACUGUGCCAGCUGUAUGCCCUGGAUGGAAUUAUCAGAUACCUUGGAGAUUUUAUGAAGGAUGGUUAUAUCAGCAGUGAACAGGCAGUAUUGUUGCAGUCUCAGCUGUUGACACUGCUGGCAGAGUUACGUCCCAACGCCGUGGCCCUGGUAGAUGCCUUUGACUUUCCAGAUGCUGUACUGGACAGUGCAUUGGGUCGUUGGGACGGGAAUGUGUAUGAAGCUUUGUAUGACUACUCCCUUCGAAGCAAGCUGAACGAGAAGCAGGUUCUGGAUGCCUACCAUAAGUAUCAGCGGCCAUUCAUGGAGUCCCAGUGGAAAAACUGCCCACAAGCUGCUGUCACUUCACGUCUGUGAGAUGCAUGUGAAUGAUAUGGUCAGGUGUUAACUGAGUUACAUUUUUGUGAUGAUGUUGAUGUGAAGUAAUCCCACUCUGCCGAACUGCACAUGGGGAAGUAUACCCCUGUGACUCCUCAACAACAGAAAUUAGAAUACUAUGAAAUAACUAUCUAAAUUUCAUGAGGAUCUUAACAAGAAACAUCUCUGCACAUGCAUUGUUAAUUUUGUAGAGUAGAAUCUUACUGUGUUGAUCAGAAAAAGUGCAUAUACCAAGAUAAGGUUGAAUCAUGAUGACUGGCCAUGUCCUGUGAAUUGCUAUUUAUUUAACAGAAUGUCAAUAAUAACAUUUCUAAAUUUUCAAGCACUUCAGCUGUUUUAUGACAGAGAAUUUGCAAAAGUAAUUGAAAACUUAUGCUUACAGAGACAAUGAGGUGACGAAAUAUAUAAUAGAAGAGUUUAACUGUCCACUUUAAAACCUGAAGUGUUGACUUAGACCCGCACAUCACCUUCUUCGACAGUUGUCUUCACAUUUAAUUUUUGUUACUGAUUUUUGUUUCUGCUUGUGUCCUCUUUAUUAAAUUUUGGGAACACAUAUGAGUGCAAGAAUUCAUAUAUUUUGUGUACACAGAACAUCUUGGAGCUGUGCCGGUUAGAAAUGUGAAGAUUUUUAUUAACUACAUACAAAUUUGAAUUUUGUUCAUUUAUUGUAUUCAGAAAACAUCUAUUGAGCUUUGGGCUCUAACAUGUUUAGUCAUUCAUGAGUACUCAAAACUUUGUUCCUUGCAAAAGCAUAUCAGGACAUAUACCUGUCUGUGUAUGAUUUAUAUAUGGAGAGAGAGCGCACAAAUGAAUGCAUGAAUGGAUGAUGGAUGCAAAUUAUAACUGUGAUGUUGAUUAUUGAAACAUGUCUUCAUUGCCUGCAACAAAAUAGAGAGUUAUCUACCUUAGUGUGCCUCAUCCUAAUAGCAUUUAUGAUCUAUUUUUUUGAAACCUUACGACUCUGUUUUGAUAUGAUUUGGUGCUAGACAUGCCCCAAAAAAUGGUUCUAUUUUUUUUUAAUGCCUUAUCAUUGGACCAAGCUAGUCUGCAUUUUUUUUUAAUGUACAAUUGUAAAGUUAGCAAAAGGAACGCACUUGGCAGUGAAAUACAUGUGAAUGAACAUGUGGCUGAAAAAAACUGAAUUUUGUUUUUAUCUGAACACUUCACUGCACCUAUUUAUACAUUAUUUCCUGCUUACAAUCAGUUGCUUUAAAACUGCUCUUUGAAUCUUGGAUUUGCUAUCUGUUUACAAGAGUUCCAUAAAACAGAUGUUUGUAUCAGAGUAAAAAAAUUAAAACUACUAAGAGCAAUA